AUCUGACCAUCGCGAUUCACUGGCCCAACCAGGCCCAAAUAAAGCCCACAAGGUUUGAGCGCAAAGAAAGCCCACGCCGAGAACACCAAACCGAACCAAAGCAAGCCCCACCCCAAGCAAAGGCCGCGACGAGCUCACCUUCGCUUCCGUGACCGCGACGAGCGACGACGACCCACGGCGACGAUGGCCGCUUCCUUCCCCUGCCACGGCCACCUCCUCCUCCUCGUAGUCGUCGCCGUCGCCGUCGCGUCGACGUGCCUCGGCGCCGCGGCAGCGCCUCAAGCCGGGUCUGGCGAGCGGUACACGAUCGCCGGCCGCAUCAAGAUCGACGGUGCAAGUGCGAAGGGCUUUGGUCUUCCAGCCAAGACAUCAAACACAAAAGUGAUACUUAAUGGUGGUCAGAGGGUUACAUUUGUCAGGCCAGAUGGCUACUUUUCAUUCCACAAUGUGCCAGCUGGAACUCAUUUGAUUGAGGUCUCUUCAAUUGGUUACUUCUUUUCCCCAGUCCGAGUAGACAUCAGUGCCAGGAAUCCUGGUUAUAUUCAAGCAGCAUUGACUGAAACCAGAAGAGUUCUGAAUGAGCUUGUGUUGGAACCUCUGAAAGAAGAGCAGUACUAUGAGAUAAGGGAGCCUUUCUCCAUUAUGUCACUUUUGAAGAGCCCCAUGGGGUUGAUGGUCGGUUUUAUGGUCAUAAUGGUCUUCGUGAUGCCCAAGAUGAUGGAGAACAUAGAUCCUGAGGAGAUGAAACAAGCUCAAGAACAAAUGAGGAACUCCCCUGUAUCGUUCUCUGGCUUGCUUGCUAGAGCGCAGGGCUAGAAGUAGAAAAUGGGGAUAAUACAAUUUUUAGCUUAUAAUCUGAUGAAAAGCAGUGCUACAGCACUUCACGCUUCGACCAAUGUACCUUUCCCGGGGACAAGGUGGAAACUCUUUCCCCUAUUUUUACUGUAUUUUAAGCUGUAAUCGGUCUGUGAUGUAGAACCUUCUGAAACCCCUAGCUGAACUAGACAUGUAAUUUAACAUAUACCUCAUAUUGAGAUGUUGAGUUCAAUAUGUCAUGUUUGAAUCGGUUGAAUA